AUGAGUAGGAAAAACUCGAAAAAACUAAAAGUGUAUUAUUUACCUGUAAGGUUGACCCAAUUUCAAAAAGAUUUAUCGGAAAUACUCAUAUCCCUACAUGCUGAAUCGUUCAAGUCAAGUCUAGUAGAUGAGCCCCCGGCAAACUCCCUGAGUAAGCUUGAUGGGUCAUCUGCCAAGCCUGAAACGCAUUCAUAUCCACGGCUAUCACAAAGACAAUUGACCUAUAUCUUCGACUCUAACAUAAGGGCCAUCGCCAAUCAUCCUUCGCUUCUCGUGGACCACUACAUGCCUCGACAGCUUUUGAGAAUGGAACCUACGGAGAGCUUGAUUGCUGGCAGCCACAAAUUUCAAGUCCUUAAUCACCUAAUCAAUUCGAUAAUCUUUAGAGAUAGAACACAGACACCCAAUAAAAUUAUAAAAUGCGCCAUCAUAGCACAUAGCAUCAAGGAAUUAGAUUUGUUAGAAGGCCUCGUUUUGGGGAAAAAUUUUAGAAUCAAGAGGCUAUCUGGUACAUCGCUCUACAACGAGAAACAUAAAUUCGCCACUCUAACCACGACCGAUACCGCGACAAAUAAAGAUGGGACCCCGAAUUCUCUAAGUAGCACAAGUUCCAAUUCAAACUCGACUUCUUAUACGGGUUAUUCAAAAGACGACUACGACUAUUCGGUGAAGAGAAACUUGAAAAAAAGGAAACUGAACACUGACGAUUGGUUGUUCUUAGCGACUACAAAACAUUUAAAGCAUGACCAAUAUUUAUUGGCCAACUAUGAUCUCGAUAUGAUUAUUAGUUUCGACCCGAUGCUGGAACUUGAAUUGCCCGCUCUACAACUAUUGAAGAACAGCACCAAUAAAAAUAUUCCAAUGAUAAAGCUACUGGUGCAAAAUUCUCCAGAUCAUUACCUAUUAGAUCCAGAAAUCAAAAGUUCGAGUUCGUCCACUGAUUCAGUUUAUUUGGGCGAUAACGAUCAUCUCGAUAAUGGCAAAGAAUAUGAAGAAAUUAAAUCGUCUUUACUCUAUUUUCUGCAAACAAGGAAGGCAAAAGUUGAUAACUUCAACGUCGAUUAUGCUGCGUUGGUAAAGUGCUGUUUGGAAGGGGGAGACUGUAACGAAUCCUUACCAGCUUUGAAUUUGGUCACGUUGGAUGAGACUUCCAAAGACCUCAGCGGUUCCGACUUUUGGCAACCACAAUUAACCGAAUUAAAUUAUUUUACUACAGAAUUGCCUCUUUGGGACAGUCCGUUGGACAUCAAGACUUAUCAAACCGAACUAAUGCAUAGAGCUGUUAUUAGAUUAAAAGAUAUUCAGGAUGAAUUUACAAAAGAUAGCGAUCUACUAAAUGAAAAACGGUCUAAUGAAAAUCAACGGCAAAACAAACUGGAUGAUAUCAAAAAUUCUAUUGGAGUUACAUUUAAGAACAAGCAGGAAGUAGAAAAGUCCAUCAAUGAUUCUGAAAAGAGAUAUAGACAUGCCAUGACCGAAUCUACCAAGCUAGAUGACAAGGUGAAUUAUCUGCUUAAAAAUAAAGCAGAACUGGAGAACUUUAGUGAAUUGUGUCCCGGAAAUAGUUCAUCUGAAUAUGAUCCGGAAAAAGAAUCUACAUUAGCAACCAAGUUGAGUCAAUAUGCAGAUGAGGACGUAAUUCUUUCCAAUAAAUUAAAAGCACUACAGGAAGCCAAUGCGGAAAAAUUAAAGAAAAAUGAUGAAUUACGUUCCCAAUAUCAAAUAGAAUCUUCAAAAGCUGCGGAAUCAGCUCAAACUUUGAAAACGUUGAAAGAAUCACUGGGAUCUUUAGAAAAUGAAGUAAAUGGUCCUUUGACAAAAGUUCCCGUAGAAAGCUCAAAGAGGGAACUUGAAAUGCUGAAAAAAGAUUUGCAAUCGCUUAAAUCAAAAAACAAAUUUUUGAAAAAUUACAUAAACUCAAUGAACCGACAGUACGACCUUAAAAACAAAAGCAACGUCCAAGUAGAAAAAACCGCUACAACUAGUACACGGUUCAGAUCGACGAGGUCAAAUACACCUAAUUACACAUGA